AUGAAGAGUGUAUUUGUAGCAUCUAGUAUGGCUGUGGCUGCAGGUUGGGCUUACGUACGUCACCUGCAACUUCCAGCAGGUCCCACACGUUUAAGUUGGGGAAGUUUAGUGUUUGGCCACCGCGGCUGCAGAGGAGUACUUGGCGUUCCUGAGAAUACUCUUGACGCCUUUAAAUAUGCACUUUCCCGAGGUGCUGCUGGUAUCGAGGUGGAUGUACGACUAACGAAAGAUAACGAACUUGUUGUGUUCCAUGAUGCCGUGGCUAAUGGACAGUUGAAGGGUGUUCCGGCGACGAAACGGAUUGAUGAACUCACGCUCCUUCAACUAAAGGAGCUUCCUUUUAUCACUGAUCCCACGGGGCAGAUUCGCGUCCCAACACUAGAAGAUUCUGUGCUGUUCUGUCGUGAGAACAACCUUAAAAUGCUUAUUGAAGUGAAGGAAAGAAAUCGAUCGCGGUUAUGUGUUGAUAGGUUACUUGACCUCUACAAGCGGUACCCAGAUUACAUGUAUGAGCAAACGACAGUUAUUUCAUUUGACCCACGAGUGCUGUAUUAUGUCCGUCAGCGGGACCGCAACGUCGCUGUAGGACAAAUUCAUUCGGGUCAGGUUUUACGGACGUGGAUUCAAACCGGUGGUGAAAGCGUAUCAUGGGCGGUACGUGUUUGCCCUGGUAUUCUAGACAGAAUACUUCAUUGGGUGCAGCAAAGCAUCAGUCCGUGGGUGGCCGGUGUUUCAAUGGUAUGCCCAUAUUACAAACUUUAUUCGGAAAAAUACAAGCGCCGCUGGCAUACGCGUAAGAUUGGAAUUGCAGUUUGGGGUUUUACAAAUCCAACAGAAUGCACUUGGGAGAUGCGGGUGCCGGGAGUUGUUGUUGAGUGCGAUGACAAUCACGAAGAGUUUGCAGCUCCGAAGCAGCCGCCAGAUUUUGACAUAUUUGGUGAUAGGGCUCGAGAGCGAGAGGAGGAACAGCAGAGGAGAGCAGCAAAACUUCCCAGCAAAUGA